AUGUCAUCGCAGCUGGGCAAGCCGGCACUGGCCAAGAUCCAGCGAGAACUGCGCGAAAUCAGUCGGGAUCCGCCGACCAACUGCACCGCGGGACCCGUCGAGCCGGGUAACCUGUUCCUCUGGCAGGCCACCAUCGUGGGACCGGACGACUCGCCCUUUGAGAAAGGUAUCUUUAAGCUGAAGAUCCGCUUUCCUGAGGACUACCCGUUCAAACCGCCCGACGUCAGGUUCACCACGCGCAUCUACCACCCGAACAUCAACAGCAACGGUUACAUCUGCCUGGACAUACUCAAGUCGCACUGGUGCCCUUCGUUGACCAUCGCGACUGUGCUCAUGUCCAUCAUGGUUCUCAUGUGCGACCCGAAUCCGGACGAUCCCCUUGUGCCCGAAGUGGCCAACGUGUACAAGACGGACAAAGAGGCUUACAACGUUAUCGCCAAGGAAUGGACACGGCGGUAUGCCAUGGAGUGA